UGUUCCUGCAGCCUGUGGGAGGGCAGAGGGACAGGGUGUGCUGCGCCCCUCGGGCCAGGGAAGGUGCCAGGGCUCCUCACACCUUUCUUGGCUCCUUUGCUCUGCAGUAGGCAGUCUGCCUUAUCUCACCUGUCUCACUUUCCAGCUCUGCCAAAUAGAUUUCAGCAGCAGCAUAUUUGUAACCAUUUCUAUUAUAUUGCUGUUCCAUAAAAUCUUAGUACAAUCAACUCUCCAAAACCAGGGAUACACUUGGGAACAAAAUAAUAACUUCUAACAGUUGUUUCAUUUCUGAGUCUGCACAGUAGCUCUGGGUGCCCAAGGUACAACCAGAGUGUUUGACUGCUGCUGUUGUAACCCGUGCAGGGCUUUCACGACGGGGACGCCGCCGGCACCACGGUACCACCACUCGGCCGUGGUCUACGGGAGCAGCAUGUUUGUGUUUGGUGGUUAUACUGGAGAUAUCUAUUCCAAUUCUAACCUGAAGAAUAAAAACGACCUCUUUGAGUAUAAGUUUGCAACCGGGCAGUGGACAGAGUGGAAGACUGAGGGAAGGUUGCCAGUGGCCAGGUCAGCUCAUGGUGCAACAGUGUACAGUGACAAGCUGUGGAUCUUUGCUGGAUAUGAUGGCAAUGCACGAUUAAAUGACAUGUGGACAAUAGGCCUGCAGGACAGAGAGCUGACCUGCUGGGAAGAGAUUGAACAAAGCGGUGAAAUUCCUCCUUCCUGCUGUAAUUUUCCCGUGGCGGUUUGCAAAGACAAGAUGUUUGUUUUCUCUGGCCAGAGUGGAGCAAAGAUUACCAAUAAUCUCUUCCAGUUUGAAUUCAAGGAAAAGAUGUAAGUAUAGACAGUUAAG